CGUGCCUCAAAAAACAACCCGCAAAAGAUCAAAGGCCAUCUUCUCCUCUCACCACCCUGCUUUAGCCCCCAUCCCAGUUAUUGCCCUUCUCGCACACCCCGCGCCCCCCAGCACCAUCAGCCACUCCCUGCGUCGUCGCAGAGCCGAUAUCGCCGGGCCCGCCCCGCACUCUAGCCCCCAACGGUUGUCGCUGCCCUUCUGAGAUUUGCAUGUCACGAGCCAGCCAUAACGUACUCAGAAGGGGCUUCUCAAGAUCGCCUCCGGGCCUCAAGUGAUCUCGGCAUCUUUUUCGACAUAGUCAAGAUCCUUUCCUUUCUCACGGUACGGUCAUUCAACCCGAGUUCGCCUAAUUGUGCUCCGAUGUUGGGUGCUGGGGCGAACAGUGAUCGAGCUGACUUUGGAUAGAACAGUCAUAGGAACACCACCAUGAACGUUCACAACGACACCGGCCAGACCGACCAACAGCCGCCCCAAGCAGAUGUCGGCCAGACAGCCCUGCUUGGCCAAACGCCUGACUUUCAUUCUGCCUCCCAUGCAAUGCAUUCGUCGUCGGCGGCGCUUUCACCAGAGGAUUAUCGAAGCCAUCACUACCCCGACUCCGACAAUGGCUUAUCUCCAGAGGCAGAAUAUGGACCAUCAGGCUCGCGGAAGGCCCGUGGCUCGGGAGAAGACACAGUCACGGCGCGUCGACGCGAAGCCAAUCGUCUCGCCGCGCAACGCUUCAGAAGCAGGAAGAAGGGCUAUCAGGAUAGUUUGGAGGAGAAGAUAAGGUCUCUUGAACAGGCCAACAGAGCCUUACAAGGGCGUAUAGGGGAUUAUGACGGCCCCGUUCACGAAGGCUCGUUAGGCUCCUUGCCAACGUCUGGCCUCAGACCUCACUACGAUCAGUUUGCGUCUUGGCCUGGUGCUGUUCCAUCCACCAAGCAUAUGCCUUCAAACCCCCUUUCGCCUGUCGCUGGUCCCCUGGCUCCAGAAUGUCACGAUGUCCACCAGGAUCACGAGUUUCGUAUUCGCCACCUUGAGAAGGUCAAUGCUGGGUUAGAGGAGGAAUUACGAGAGGUACGUGAAGAGAACAAGGCUCUUCGAGACGAGUUCAGGAGAUGGAGGAUGCAGGAGGAGCGUGUAGAGGAUGACGUUAUACGUCCAGGAUUAGCACGCGAUGCCCCUCCAUUGGAGCAUCAUCGAAGCUGGUCAUCGCGACCGUCCUACCCAUACCCAUCUCCUCACUCGUCGUUGCAGUCACAGAGCUCGGGCCAUUCCUCUGUUACUGGGAGUGACCAGAGCCUGUAUGCUUCUCAACACUCCCAACAUUCUCAACACGGUCACCGGCGGUCAGAAGACCGCUACUCUUCCUCUCUUCACCUACCGCCUUUACGCAGGGUUGCUAGUCCUGCUGGCGCGCUCUCGGUCCCCACUCCUCAGAUUCCUCUGUUAAAGCCUCGGUCGCCACCAAGACCCGACGAAUGAUACCAGCUUGCAGAGUGAGAAGAGGUAGGCAAAGCCGAUGAGAGCCCAAGCUAGACAACCUUGGAAGCUUACAUACAUGUCUUCCUGCAUGUUCUCAAGGAGGGAAGUCAUAUGGUGCGAGACACUAUAUCAUUCAUACAUAUGUUUAUAAGACAAUUAGUCAGCAGACGUCGUUGCAUGUCAUUAUUGGCCGAUGGCAUCUCUCGAAAGUGAUGUCUCGUCGUUCUGAGGCGGCGUCAGAAGUAAUGAGCUAGAGAUCAUUUUAGUAUCAGAAGCGAAUAAUCAGCUGAAUUAGUCAUAUAUCUUGGUCCCAAACAGUCCCGUAUUUUGGCUGCGAUGCGGUGUGCAUUCUCUCCCGUCAAGAAUCCUUUUCUGUCUUGAUUUCUGCCG